UCCCUGCUGCCCAGGCCGGUCCCCGCCGCCCAGGCCCGUCCCCGCCGCCCGCCCUCCCGCUCUCCGCCCGCCCGCCGGCCUCGCCAUGACGGACCGCUACACCAUCCACAGCCAGCUGGAGCACCUGCAGUCCAAGUACAUCGGCACGGGGCACGCCGACACCACCAAGUGGGAGUGGCUGGUGAACCAGCACCGCGACUCGUACUGCUCCUACAUGGGCCACUUCGACCUGCUCAACUACUUCGCCAUCGCCGAGAACGAGAGCAAGGCGCGCGUCCGCUUCAACCUGAUGGAGAAGAUGCUGCAGCCCUGCGGGCCGCCCGCCGACAAGCCCGACGAGUCCUGAGCCUCCGUCCUGCUGGUCCCGGCCCUCUCUCCCGUGUGGUUCCCGCGAAGGACUGACCGGGAGAAGCCUCGCAAAAUGCCUGCUUCCGGACUCUGACUGUGCAGUCGUUCUCCUUUUUUCACGUGGAAUAUAAUAAAGCUUCCUGGGCAUUCCUGAUGUUUGGUUUGGUAGUUUCCUAGUGCGAGCUUUUUGUUCCCAGAGUGCUGGCACUCGGUGUUGAGCAUUCCAGUGCAAUCUUCCGAGGUGAAAGCCUCGGAUGCUCCUAGACAGCAUUUUCCCGACCGGACGGAUUGAUGCUUGCUUACAAAACUCAGUUUUGGGGGGAGAGAGGGGAACUUUGUUGGUACUCAAAGGGUUUGAUUUCUUGGUAGCAAUAGUAUGUGGGGUGGUUUGUGGUGUAGCAUAAGUCAGUUCCUCUAGUACUUAAAAAUUCCAAAAUGGCUUUUCUCUAAACACUGUUUUCUUGCCUCAUAUUCGUCUUUCCCGUACCUUUGAGUUUUUUCAAACACCGGUUCUUUCUUAUACAUAUUAGCUACUUUUUUUUUUCCCCUUAUGCUUACUAGUAACCUAGCAUUCAAGUUUUUUCUACCUUACAUCAAUCAAAGAUACUAAUAUUGGGUUAGUCUUUUUUAAUAUGGAAUAAGAAUAUAAGGGUUAUUCACUACUACUUAGAAGUAAAAUGCUUCGAGGUGACACAGAUCAGAUUGCAUACUGAACAGAUGUUGAUUCUGAUUUAUCACUUAAAAUAGGCUUUCUAUUCACUUACAGUAAAAUAUAAAUUUUGAGUUCUAGGAAAGACCUCAGCCCAAAACUGUGAGAUAUAUUUCUUGAAGAAAUAAAAUGUUCUUAUGUCA